AGUGUGCGACUAUCUUCGUUAUAGUGAGGGUGCAGGUGGUACAGCUCUCCGUAUUCAUUCCCUCUCCUCCACUUCCUCCUUGCUGUGAGAAAAUAUGAAGGUGUUCGUGGGAACGCUCGUGCACAGUACGGGCGAGAUAUUCAUGCAGGUUCGCCAAGCGGCGUUGGGCGUCCAAGGGGAGAAGAUAAUUUUCGUGGAAGAUGCAGCAAAACUGAAUGAGUUGAAAGAAAAACACAACUUCCCGGUGUCUUCCAUUGUCAAUCUCACAUCAAGCCAGUUCCUCAUGCCGGGUCUGGUGGAUUCUCACGUUCACGCAUCGCAAUUUCCUAACAACGGCCUCCAUAUGGACUUGCCGCUGCUGGAGUGGCUGGAGAAGUACACGUUUCCCACCGAAAGAUCCUUCUCUGAUCUCAAGGUGGCCCAGGAGGUGUACCCGCGCGUGGUGGAUCGAAUGUUACGUAACGGCACCACCACCGCCUCUUACUUCGCCACCGUUCACCUAGCUGCUACCAAGGUCUUGGCAGCGACGGCGGCAGCUAAAGGUCAGCGUGCCUUAGUCGGUAAGGUGAACAUGCUGAUGAACUGUCCCGAGAACUACCGCGAGGAGAGUGUGGAGGAGAGUUUACGUGAGACCGAGGAGUUCAUUAGCUACACGAAGAGUCUUAAGUCGCCCCUCGUCCAGCCCAUCGUGACGCCUCGUUUUGCUAUUACGUGCCCGGAGAACCAGAUGCGGGCCCUGGGUGAUCUUGCAUCCAAACACAAGUGUCGAGUACAGAGCCAUCUGUGCGAGAGUAAGGCAGAGAUAGAAAUGGUUAAGAAGCUUUUCCCCGAGUUUCCUUCCUAUACGCAUCUCUACCACGCCAUGGGACUACUGACGGACAAAGCGAUCAUGGCUCACUGCGUAUGGCUGGAUGAUGAGGAGCUGCAGUUGCUGGCGGAGAAGCGAGCUGGGGUGUCGCAUUGUCCUAACUCUAAUCUUAAUAUUCUAUCUGGCCACUGCAACGUGAAGAGACUGCUUCAGCAUGACGUUAAAGUCGGCCUGGGCACUGAUUGUUCUGCUGGCUACAGUCCUUCAGUGCUGGAUGCGAUGAGGCGAGCCCUUCAUGUCUCCUGUUCUGUGGGGAUGGAACAUACUAAAGACCAUGUUCUCACUCCAGCUGAGGCCUUCCACCUGGCCACUCUGGGAGGUGCUCAAGUGGUGAGCAUGGAUGAUUGCAUUGGUAAUUUUGUGGUGGGGAAAGAGUUUGAUGCAAUUUUAGUUGAUGUUGAGGCUCCUGAUUCACCGCUGGACAUCUAUGAACAGGACAGCAUGGAACAUAAGAUCCGAAGGUUCCUGUACAAUGGUGAUGACCGGAACAUGCUGGAGGUUUAUGUGGCGGGGCGAAGGGUCAGUGCUCGUUGAAGUAGUGACCAGAAACCCGGGACUGAAGAUCACCAUGUUUAGUAGAGCAGGUCAUCUGAAAGUCUGUGAUAGUUACAUUUUGGCAUUGGGAGUCGUAAUGACUCAUUUAAUACAGGAUGUCCCGUUAGUUAAGGUACAUACUUCAGGAUUUGAUCAUUCAAGUAGUUCUAAGUCGAAAAUACUCUAUACACAUAUGCUGUGUUUUGCAAGAAAUUAACGUGUUAGUUCCGUGUUACGGGAACCGCUCGCCUGGGUGGACCUUCGCCUCCGUCACUCCCUACUCGGCUCGCAACGUACUCGAGUGGCGCUGCGCGGUGUUAAGUUUAUUUAUUUAUUUAUUUAUUUAUUUAUUUAUUUUUGUACAAGCUUCGCAGUAAAAGUCUUACAUGAAGCAGUUAGCAAAUGACUUUAUUUUUAUUUUUUUUUCAUGUGUCAGUGAACCAAAUAUGCAGGUUACACAUCAGUACAAUGGUUGUUUUAAACAUACGUGGCAACUCACCAGUUUCGCGACGACUGCCCGGUGUGGCAUGAAAUGUCGUAGGUUUUUUUUUUUUUUUUUUUUUUCUUUUUUUUAGGUUUUAGUUUCAGAUGACCAAGUGCGCGUGCAGCCCUAUUUUCAUUGCCAGACGUAUGGCUCAUUUACUCCCAGCCACAGCAAUGCACAGACCUCCCUGGGGCUCGUAAGCAUAAAAACCCUGUAAAACUUUUAAAUUUACUCCCAGUUAAAAGUGAGUGCUAAAAGUGUAUACUAGAAACUAUAAAAGUUUUCGUAACUUUUAGCUAUGAAUAAAAGUAAAAUCUAUACUCGCUAUUCGUGCUAUGUUUAGCGAUUAAGAAAGACCGUAACCAUUGUUUUUGCACUUGAAUGUCAAAACAAUACAUAAAAACAUUUAAUGUUAAUUUACAUUUGAUUUUUUUUAUAUUAAAAAAGAA